AUGACUUUAACUGGAGACCUGCGACAGCGAAACUGCACCACUCUGUUCACUGAGAUCCACACCAGUCAUUCUGAUAAAUAUUACCUCAGAAUAGAAAACCAAGGGUUCAAGAGCACUGCCACCUGUGACCCGCUGCAGAUACACGUCCGAGACUCUGCCUGGAGGCCCUCAGUGCAGAUCUCUGGUUCUCUCAGGGAGCAGCAGACUGUGGUCAUCAGCUGCUCUGCUCUCACUCCAUGUCCAGACGCUCCUCCUGUUCUCAGCUGGAGCCUGCAGCAGACACCUGCUCACAGCCUGCUGCCAAACCCUGAUGGAACCUUCAACAGCAUCAUCCAGCAGAGCCUGCUGUUGUCUGAGGAGCACCACGGACUGGAGCUGCUCUGCUCCGCCUGGUAUCCAGUGAGAGGAGGACACAAGGCGGCAAAGACCACAAUGACCCUCACCGUGGACCAUUCUCCUAAACACACGACUGUUCUCGUGGAGGGAAACACCUCUGUCUCUUUGACCCUGAGCUGCUCCAGCAGAGCCUGGCCUCCAGACCUCAGCUUCAGCUGGUUCAGGCUCUCACCACAGGGACCACAACGAGUCCAUGAAGGAGACCUCUACACCAUCAACCACACCAGUCCAGGACGAUACUUCUGUCAAGCCAAGAACCAAGUCGGGGACCAGAACUCUACUGUCCUGACCCUGGGAGUCCCUCAGUCGCUCUUGGUUCCCUUGGUGGCCUCAGUCCCUCAGUCGCUCUUGGUUCCCUUGGUGGCCUCAGUCCCUCAGUCGCUCUUGUUUCCCUCGGUGGCCUCAGUCCCUCAGUCGCUCUUGGUUCCCUUGGUGGCCUCAGUCCCUCAGUCGCUCUUGGUUCCCUUGGUGGCCUCAGUCCCUCAGUCGCUCUUGUUUCCCUUGGUGGCCUCAAUCCCUCAGUCGUUCUUGGUUCCCUUGGUGGCCUCAAUCCCUCAGUCAUUCUUGGUUCCCUUGGUGGCCUCAAUCCAUCAGUCAUUCUUGGUUCCCUUGGUGGCCUCAAUCCCUCAGUCGCUCUUGGUUCCCUUGGUGGCCUCAGUCCCUCAGUCGCUCUUGGUUCCCUUGGUGGCCUCAAUCCCUCAGUCACUCUUGGUUCCCUUGGUGGCCUCAAUCCCUCAGUCACUCUUGGUUCCCUUGGUGGCCUCAAUCCCUCAGUCACUCUUGGUUCCCUUGGUGGCCUCAAACCUUCAGUCACUCUUGGUUCCCUUGGUGGCCUCAAACCUUCAGUCGCUCUUGGUUCCCUUGGUGGCCUCAAUCCCUCAGUCACUCUUGGUUCCCUUGGUGGCCUCAAUCCCUCAGUCACUCUAG